CUCUCUCCUCCUCUGGACUUCAGCACCCCAGCUGGCAUGGGACAGGGCAGCCAGUUAAGAGCGCAGCUGCACCAAAUGCGACAGGCAGAGUUCUCCUGUCACUGAGCUGGCAUCAUGGCACCGUCUGUGGCCUGGGCAGGUGUGAUGUUCCUGCUGGUGGUCCAGUGGGGCUCUGCUGCAAAACUGGUCUGCUACUUCACCAACUGGGCCCAGUACCGAGAGGGCGCGGCUCGCUUCUCGCCUGGGGCCGUGGACCCCAACCUGUGCACACACCUCGUCUACGCCUUCGCAGGCAUGAGUGGCCACCAGCUCAGUUCCGUGGAGUGGAACGACAGGCAGCUCUACCAGGAGUUCAAUGGCCUGAAGAAGACGAACCCCGAGCUCAGGACCCUGCUAGCUGUGGGGGGCUGGAACUUCGGCACUCAGAAGUUCACAGACAUGGUGGCCACAGCCAACAACCAGCAGAUCUUUGUCAACUCAGCCAUCAAGUUCCUGCGGACAUAUGGCUUCGACGGCCUUGACCUUGACUGGGAGUAUCCAGGAAGCCGGGGGAGCCCGGCCGAGGACAAGCAGCGCUUCACAGCUCUCGUGCAGGCCUUGGCCAAGGCCUUCUGGCAGGAAGCCCAGACCUCAGGGAAGGAGCGGCUCCUUCUGAGUGCGGCCGUCCCUGCCGGACGACACUUUGUGGACGCAGGCUAUGAGGUGGACAAACUUGCUCAGGCCUUGGACUUCAUCAGCCUCAUGGCCUACGACUUCCACGGCUCCUGGGACACGGUCACAGGACAUCACAGUCCCCUCUACAAGCGGCAAGGGGAGAGUGGCGCCCUCGCUGAAUACAACGUGGAUGCUGCUGUACAGUUGUGGCUGCAGAAAGGAGCCCCUGCCAGCAAGCUGAUCCUUGGCAUGCCCACCUACGGACGGUCCUUCACCCUGGCCUCCUCAGUGGACAGCGGAGUGGGGGCCCCAGCCACAGGGCCUGGUGCCCCAGGCCCCUUCACUAAAGGAGAAGGGCUUCUGGCUUACUAUGAGGUCUGCUCCUGGAAGGGACAGCACAGAAUUGAGGACCAGAAGGUGCCCUAUGCUUUCCGCAACAACCAGUGGGUGGGAUUUGAUGAUAUGGAGAGCUUUAAAGCCAAGGUUGGCUACGUGAAGCAGAGGGGACUGGGCGGCGCCAUGGUGUGGGCCCUGGACUUGGACGAUUUCUCAGGCUCCUUCUGCAGCCAGGGCCGGUAUCCGCUCAUCCGGACGCUGAGGCGGGAGCUGAGUGCUCCACCUGUGUCUCCAGGCUCCCCAGAGCCUGAAGUGCCUGCACCCGGACAGCCCUCUGGCCCUGAGCCGGACCCCAGCCCUGGACAAGACACCUUCUGCCGGGGCAAAGCCGAUGGGCUCUACCCCAGCCCUCAGGAAGCAUCCAGAUAUUACAUCUGCUCAGGCAGGCGGCUGUUCCAGCAGAGCUGUGCCCCAGGCCUGGUGUUCAGUGCCUUGUGCAAGUGCUGCACCUGGAGAUGAGGCCCCAAGACCCCUCCAGCCCCAGCCUGCAUCCCCAGAGCUCCCCACUCUCUGCUUUCCCUGGGGGCUGGGGCCUGGCUCCGGUGGCCUCUCUGUGGUCCUUGCAUAACCAGGCCUUUCGCUCUCUUCCUCACCUUCCCUUUCUUUGUGUCCCCAGUUGCCUCUUUAUUUGCAAAAUAAAAUUUUAAUUUGCACCCUUC